AUUGCAAAGCAUGCAACGGGUUACUUCUGCCCACAGCUGUUUUUUUUACUAUAGAUACGUAAUAAAAAAAUAACAAUAAAAAAACUUGUACAUAACGAGUCAUAAAUAUCGCUAAUACAGCGAGACGAAAAUAGCAAACAGCCGCAAUGGCAGUGUUGCAUAUUGUGCCCUACCUUCCCAUACAAGUCCAUUUUCCUCUCAGCUGGUAGGCAGAAUUGUUUAUUUGCUUUUAUUUGACGACGCAAGUACAGUAUAAUGGUGUCUCCUUUUACGUCACUCGCAUCCCCGCCCCCCAAGCAGUAAUAAUGAAAGAGCAUUGUCAAUGGAGGACUCUAUUGAAGAGAUCCUGCAGGACUAUGAGAAGGUCCUCCCCUCAAGUAGACCUCAUCCAGUGUUAUCGGCCUGCACAGGCGCUCUGCUCACAGCGUUAUAUGCAGUCUGGAACCUCUUCACCAUGCCCGGUUUCCGCAAAGUCCCUUCAGGCCUGAAGGUUCCCUAUUUGCCCUCCAGUAGAGAUCAGACGCUGAACAUUAUGAAGCUGCUUGAGGGCCGCACAGGUUGCCUUGCAGAUCUGGGGUCAGGAGAUGGAAGACUGUGCACCGGGUUCUCCAUUCUACUGGCAUAUGCCUGGACAAAAGCCCGAUGGACAGGUGUUCCUUCAAGCCAGACAACUUUUGUUUAAAAAGACUUCUGGAAGACUGAUCUUUCAGAAUACAACAAUGUAACUGCUUUUCUUGCUCCAGGAGCGAUGGAAGCGCUCGGUGACAAGCUGCUGAAAGAGCUUCCCGACGAUGCACUUGUCGUCGCUUGUCGUUUUCCGUUCCCCAACUGGCCUCAACAGUACACCGAUCUCGACCAGACGUGGGCAUACUACAUCAGAAGUGUGCUGAAGUCAGGACUGAGGGAAGCAUCCAGUGUCAUGGAUGAAAAAAAUAGGGGACAGUCUCUAAAUACGGUAGGAAUGAAGACUGACUGCACUCCAGAUUGAGUCUUUGCAGUAUCGCUGAAUGUCCUGCACGAGCAACAUAACAUUUGCUCUAAUACCUAUACAAAGGACUUCUUAUAAGACAACUCAUUUCACACAUGCACUUUAAUACAGAAAUUUGCAGACUUACCCUCUGUGUUGUUCUGAGCGUUGUUGUGUUCUUUACAAAUACAAUACUAUUUGUUUAAAAUUAAAUACUAAUUUGCAUACAAAUAUGUAUGACUUGUUUAUCAAAAUUAUACUUAAAGAACCACAUAA